AUGUUGACGCUCUCACGCCAGCUCGUCUGCUUGGUCGUUCUCGCCACAGGGGCUUGCUCUGCGCCGAGUGGCAGCUCAACCUCCUCGUUAACAUCUUCCCCACCGGAGACUUCGAGCGCUUCCACCUCCGUGUCGAGAGAAACUCGUACAGUCUCUCCCGCGUCUACCGCAAGCAAUGCUCCAGCCUAUACACUAGAUGCAGACGGUGCGAACAUCCUGGGACCGAUGAACAUCCCACUCGCGCAGCAGAAUCCCGACGUCAUCGCGCCUCCGACGACUGAUCAUGGCGUUGUACCAAACGCCAAGUGGCCCUUCGCGCUCAGCCAUCAGCGCUUGCAAAGCGGUGGCUGGGCUCGUCAGCAGAGUAUACACGAGAUGCCUGUCGCGACCCCCCGCUCUUUAGAGAUGGAUAUGCGGUUGAAGGCUGGGGCUAUUCGGGAACUGCAUUGGCAUCAGAACGCCGACUGGGCAUACGUUCUCAAGGGAUCGACUCAAAUCAGUUCAAUGGACGAAAACGGGAGAAACUAUCUGGCCACAGUGGGACCGGGUGAUCUUUGGUACUUCCCGCCUGGAAUUCCUCAUUCCCUGAAAGCCACUGCAGAGUCGGACGAGGGUAGCGAGUUCCUCCUUGUCUUCGGCAACGGCUCUUUUAGCAUGGGUUCGACCUUCUUGCUCACAGAUUGGCUGUCCCGUGUGCCCAAAGGAGUUAUCGCGAAGAACUUUCAGCUCCCGCAAUCGACAUUCGACACGAUACCCAGUCAGGAGCUCUAUAUUUUCCCUGGAGAUGCCCCAGAUCCCAAUGCGUCUGCAUCUCCAGAUCCUCAAGGAGAGGUUCCCCAGGCCUUUUCCUACCCAUUGUCUCAAGUUGCACCUCAGAACCUGAACGGCGGACCUGUUAAGAUCGUAGACUCAACGAGAUUUCCGAUAUCGAAGACGAUCGCCGUCGUGGAAUUCACAAUCGAACCUGGUGCCAUGAGAAAGUUGCAUUGGCAUCCCACGCAGGAUGAGUGGUCAUUCUUCCUGUGUGGAAAUGCUCGGAUGACCGUCUUCGCUGCCGAAAGCAAUGCGCGUACUUUCGACUACCAGGCUGGUGACAUCGGCUAUGUGCCGGCUGCGCUGGGACAUUACGUCGAGAAUAUCGGCAACGAUACGCUUCAUUUUCUUGAGAUACUCAAAACCGGUAUUGGCUGGCCAAUAAGUACGCCACCUGCACUCGUCAAGGCUCAUCUCGGGCUUCCGGAAGAGGUGAUUGCUGGACUGGUCAAGACGAAGCAAUAUGUAGUGGGCUCUUCGGCUUGA